AUGACCGUCAUGGAAUGGCUAAAGGCAUUGCUGACCGGAUCAAUAGCACUCGUAACGAUUGUGAUAACGAGGAUAUGCUUUUUAAUCCUUUUCCCCUCUCAAACAAGAACAGCACGAGACCCUGCAUCAAAAUGCAAGGUGGCCGUAUUCUUGGGAUCCGGAGGUCAUACAACAGAAAUGCUACAACUACUUUCAGCACUUCCCGUUCAGAGAUAUUCACCUAGAGUAUACGUUGUAGCAAGCGGAGAUCAAUUUAGCCAAACGAAAGCAGCCGAAGCAGAAGGAAGAAGAGGUGAAGAAGUGGAUCGGGAGGCCGAAAAAGGAGGAAAAGAUGACUUUCAAUUUGUCACUCUACCAAGAGCUCGCAAUGUUCAUCAGGCAUGGCUAUCCACUCCUUUGACAGUGUUGAUCGCAUUCAUAGCUUGCAUCAAGCAUAUUGUCCUGCCCUCAUUCUCCCGCUCGGCUCAAUCUGGCAAGCAACAGCACUCCUCACCAUUUGCUGAUCUUAUACUAAUGAACGGUCCGGGCACUUGCGUUCCAAUCGUCGCUUCUGUAUGGAUCCUGCGCUUCUUUGGACUACCCUCACCAAGGAUGGUCUACGUCGAAUCAUUUGCACGAGUACGGUCUCUUAGCUUGACAGCGAAGAUUCUGCGAUAUUUCGUCGAUCGCUUCGUAGUUCAAUGGAACGAAUGCAAUGUUCGUGGUUCCUUCUACCGCGGCUGGCUCGUUUGA